CGCAGUGACGGCUGACCGCCAUCUUCCCUCCCGAGGCGGCAGUUCCAGGUGCAAGCGCCGGGUUUGCUGCCCGCUAGGCGCCCCUGCAGCGGCCGGAGCAGUGGCCGGCGUGGAUGAGGGGCAGGCAAGGCAGGGCCGCCCCUCCAGUGUUGCCGCCCCUCCCGCCCCAGGGCAGGGCUGGGAGGGUACAGCCCGGGGGCGGGCUCGGGUCGCCUCCCGGCCGCCGCGUCUUCGCUGCCCUGGGCCGGGCGGGCGGGCGCCGAGAGCCUCCCAGCCCGCCCCGUGCCCCGCCCGCCCGGCUGCUUCCGCGGCGGCGGCGUCCGCACAUGGGCUAGGCUGCCAGGAUGUUCAGCUUCGAAGGCGACUUCAAGACGCGGCCCAAGGUGUCUCUUGGCGGCGCGAGCAGGAAGGAGGAAAAGGCUUCUCUUUUACAUCGUACUCAGGAAGAAAGAAGAAAGAGAGAGGAAGAAAGGCGAAGGUUGAAAAAUGCAAUAAUUAUCCAGUCAUUUAUUCGAGGCUAUAGAGACAGAAAACAGCAAUAUUCCAUCCAAAGAAGUGCAUUUGAUCGCUGUGCCACCUUGUCACAGUCCGGGGGCGCUUUUCCCAUUGCUAAUGGCCCCAACCUUACCCUUUUGGUAAGGCAGCUUCUGUUUUUUUACAAACAAAAUGAAGACUCAAAACGUUUGAUAUGGCUCUAUCAGAACUUAAUUAAACACAGCUCUCUGUUUGUCAAGCAGUUGGAUGGAUCUGAGAGACUUACAUGCUUAUUUCAAAUAAAAAGAUUGAUGAGCCUCUGUUGCAGGUUGCUGCAAAACUGUAAUGAUGACAGUUUGAAUGUUGCGCUUCCAAUGAGAAUGCUUGAAGUGUUUUCGUCUGAGGAGACUUACUUGCCUGUUUUACAAGAUGCUAGCUAUGUGGUGUCAGUGACUGAACAGAUUUUGCACUGCAUGAUUCACAAUGGUGAGUAACAGGCAGGGUGAGAA